AUGUCUUCCCUAGCGUCAUCGAUCAUAAAAGAACUUAUCAACUUCACCAUCCCCCUCGUCCACAGCUUCAUCCUCCUCCUCGCCCUGUUAUUGGUGUUGGGCGCAAUUGUGGUGUACAUAUACGAGCAAACAAACAAGCGCAGAUUGCAAGUGGUGCCUGAGACACAGCCCGUAGCGAAAGAGCCUCUGCUCGUAGAAGCAGAGCAAGCCCUCAUAGGGGAAGCGGAAGAAGGUUACGGCGGCGAUAGUGAUAAGGUGGAAGAGAAACACCCCCAAGACACCGAAACCGGGGGGCUAAUGCGCCAAUGGCAAGUACAGAAUCCAGACUUUGUCGUCCCACCAGAGCUAGAGGAGGGAGCUCCCGCCAACGGCGCUGGAUUACCGCAAUUCAAUGCUGGGGGAGGUGAUGGUACCACACCGGCGGCAGCAGCAGGACCAGCUAGCGGACAGACAAGGCCACACAUCCCCCACACCCGCAACGUCGGUGCUAAGAAAGCACGCUCACUUGCACGACGGGAUCAGCGGAGGGCAUAUCACGAGCUCUUGCACUCCCAGGCUGCGAUGCGUGCCAGUGCUACGGCGGAACGUGAUGAAAUGUUCGAGGAGAAGCGAAGAUGCGCGCUGGUUGAAGAUGAGAUUGCGGCGAAGAAAGAAGCGGAGACAACAACUUGGCUUGAAGCUGAGAGGAACGGCGCUGAGAAUGAGAGGGGGGAUGUGGAGGGGCUGAAGAAGAAGGUUGCGGCUCCGGGGGCCUGGAGAGUGAGCGCGUUGGGUGGGAAGAGGGGCGAGGAGUGGGGCGUAGAGGUGCUAAGGCGGGAAGGGCUGGUCGGGAAAGUUAGGGGUGGGGAGGAUGUUGGGAUUAUCACUGGGGAGGGGUGGUACGUCAGGCUUGGUGAGAGGCAGUUGGAGUCGAUCUCUGGGGAGAUUGAGAAGAAGGGAAGGAUGGAGUGGAGGGAGAUUGCGGACAGGUUGGAAUGGGUUGUUGGGAAGUGA